UACUGUUAGCUGUGUUAUAUAUAAAUUUUAUGAUCCAAUCAAAAUUCACGGCAUCUUGAACAAAUGGAAAAUCCAGCAGGACUCAAGUCAAAGUUGACAACUUGCAGAGCCAAGGGUUUGCCUCUCUGUGCCCCUGAGGCAACAUCCAUUAAGGAAGAGAUAUUACCUUUUGUGAAAAUCGUGCCACCGGCACCGGGAAGAACCUUGCUAUGUGAUUGUGUGUUUGAGGAUGUCUCAGAAACGUUGGAGAUUGAUGACGAGGAGCCACCGACUAUUGAUGAAGAACUGCAACUGGAGGACAUUAGAGCAGAGCUGAAGAAAAAUCAGCAACGGGUUGAGCUGAUCGAUAAGACGUUUGAGCUUAAUACUCCUGAAUGUCCCGUUGUGGAUUGCAGUGUCAAUAUGGAUGUGGAGCUGAACAACUACAGUGUCCAUUCAGAGAUAGCGAAUCUGCAGCGCAACAAUCACAAGUUGCGACAGCAGCUGAAGGAGUUGCAGCAAUGCUGCACUGCAUCCGAUACUCUUCUGAAGAGUCUAAGGACAAGCCUCAGUCGAGACAUGGAUGCGGUUGUACAACUGCAGCAGCGUAUGGAACAAAUCGACUCCUUCAAGCGAAACGUGGAGCAUGAGCGAGUGCUCUGCAGCCAACGUUAUCGGUAUUUGAUGCGGGAGAUGUACGACUGGGAUGAAUGUAAUCGGUAUAUCGAAAAGAGGUUAAAGGUCUCCGAGAAGGAGAUCCUGAGAUUUGUUUCUAGGGUGGACUACAAGAGUUCCAAGCAUGAAGCUAUCGAUAGGCUCAACCAGGCCAAGCUUCAGGUCAGGGAUGUUCACGAUGCGAUGUACAAGAAUCUGGCUACUCCGAGAACAAUGGGAAGCUCCUUGCCGAGUGUCCGUAUGGGAUCCGAAAUAGCCGCGUUUCUUCAACGCAACAUGCAGCUCUUCAGCAAGGAAUCACAUUAAACUAAAAUCUGUUUGAAA